GCCAACACCAUUGCCAAUUGCUGCGUUUCCUUCUCGAAUCUACCUUAUCGCCACUCAUAGUUACUACCGGCACCCAUCUACACUUAUCGAAAACAACCAUCCAUCCCCAAACCCAACAACAACAACAACAACAAACCUCCGCAAUGGCCCCGAAACGACACGCAGCAGCAACACCCUCCACCCCCUCAGCCACCACUACCACACCCCUAAAAUCCACUAUCUCCUCCAGCCCAGCUACCCUAAAAUCCAACGCCUCCCCGCUCGAAAUCGCCCACUAUGUGCUAAAUCAGUACCUCACGACCACACCGCAGCGCACGAAGCUGCUGGACGCCUUCAUGGGUUUUCUGGCAAUUGUCGCGGUAGCGCAGUUUUUGUACUGUGUGUUGGCUGGGAAUUAUCCGUUUAAUGCGUUUCUGAGUGGGUUCUGUGCGGCUGUGGGGCAGUUUGUGCUUACGGCAAGUUUGAGGAUGCAGACCAGUGGUGGUAAUGGUGGUGACGGUAAGAAGGAGGGUGGUAAGGCUGGUGGGAAGGGGAAGAGUGUGAGGAUUGCGGGUGAGGAGAAGGAGGAUGGUGGUGAAUGUGAGGUUUCGCAUGAGAGGGCGUUUGCGGACUAUGUCUUCGGAAGUGUGAUCUUGCAUUUCUUCUGCGUAAACUUUAUCAACUAAGCAGUUGGACGAGAUGGUAGAAUGGACGGAAUAGGGUCAAUUCGUCGCAGUUGUGCUUGGGCUUGGUUGAUCCAAACCUCUUACAUGGGUUCCUGCUGUUCUAUCUGAUGAGCAUCCUGCGGGCUUUUUUGUUUCCUUUGCGCAUUGAUUGAUUUGUAUCAUACGAGCGUUAUAUUAUUGUCAGAUGUCAAUUGAGGAUCAAAAGCGUUAUAAUGAAGUCUGGUCUAGAUGCCAUGCAAUUAUAUAACCUCUAACUAUCAGUAGAGAACCCUUAUCCAAACGCCAAACAGGGUAUAUGUACAUCUAUGCACUUAAAAAUGAAAAAAAGGACCUCUAAAAUGCCCUUCCUCCCCUUCUCUUCACCUGCGGCCUCCUUACAACACUCCCACCACCUCCAUGGCCAGCACCAGCACCAGACGAAGAUGACGCAGUAACACCUCCAAUCCUCCUAGCACCGACUCCAGGUCGUCUUACGACCGAUGAAC